AUUUUUUUCACGCCAACAUUCAUUGAUUUUUUUCCACUAUUAGUGAUCAAUCUAUACAUCAUCAAAUUAAUCAAAUAUGUUUCAAUUAUUUGGUUCGUUGAAACAAUUUGUUAAACCACAAAGCUGUGUAAUUGAUAAUCACAUUUAUCGAUUACAUUAUAAAGCUACCGUACUCAUAUUGGUUGCAUUCUCAUUGAUGGUCACAGCUCGUCAAUAUUUUGGUGAUCCAAUCGACUGUAUCUCUCGGGACGAUAUUCCACCAAAUCUUCUCGAUACUUAUUGUUGGAUCCAUACAACAUUCUCUAUAGAGAAUGCAUGGAAAAAACGUGUCGGUGAAGAGGUGCCAUAUCCGGGUGUGGAUAAAACUACACCAAACGAGAAACGCGUCUAUCAUGCCUACUAUCAAUGGGUCUGUUUUGUGCUGUUCUUCCAAGCGUUAGCUUUUUGUGUUCCUCGUUAUCUAUGGAAAGCAUUUGAAGGUGGCCUUGUUAAGAAUCUUAUGCUUGGCUUAGAUCGUCCUAUUCUUCCUGAAGAUGAUCGAGUUCGAAAUAUAGAUCUUGUUUCCUAUUACCUUUAUCGUAAUAAAAAACUUCACAAUACAUUAUUCCUCGUCCAUACAAUCACCGAAGUGCUCAACAUGUUCAACGUCAUUAUCCAAAUGAUGGUAAUGGAUCGAUUUUUGGGCGGCGAAUUCUCCAGCUAUGGCUGGGAAGUUCUUAACUUUACCGAAUGGGAUUGGUCUGUUCGUUUUGAUCCAAUGAUAAAAGUAUUUCCACGAUUGACCAAAUGUACAUUCCAUCGUUAUGGUUCAUCUGGUGAUGUUCAACGACAUGAUGCCAUGUGCAUUUUACCAAUCAACAUUGUAAAUGAAAAAAUCUACAUAUUCUUGUGGUUCUGGUUUUAUUUUAUGGCCAUUGCUAGCGCACUUGGUUUAUUGUAUCGUGCAAUGACCAUUUUAUAUCCAGGUAUUCGUGUGAUGGCCACACAUUCACAUUGUCGUAUUGUUAAUCCAGAUUUGAUUCGUAAUGUUCUUCAUUCUGGCCAAGUUGGCGAUUGGUUUCUUAUUGAUUUGAUUGCUAAAAAUAUUGAUCCAAUCAAUUUUCGCGAUCUAUUAAUCGAUCUGGAUCGUAAAUUAGGAAUGGAAAUUAAAGAUAGUAAAAAUGGUAUGUAGAAAAAAAAAUCAUCAAGAUAAAAUCCCGAAUUCGUAAUAUCAAAUCGCGCCAACUUUACAUUCUUGCACGACGAUCAAUUCCAAUAACAAAAAUGAUAAUAGUAAUAUUGUUGAACCACGAUAAAACGACCAAAAAAAAAAAAAAAAAAAUGAAAAAAUAAUGAAGAAAAGGAUCUCCAAUCUCUCGCUUUUUAACACAAACACACACACACAUACAUACAACUACACUAAACUCCUACUUUAUAAACCAAAAAAAAAAAAAAAAAAAAAAGCCGAUAAGGACCCAUUAAAACAAUCAACUAAUAAGGCCAUAAUAUGUUGGGUCAUUUUUUUCAUCAUUAUCAUCAUCAUAAUCAUCAUUGCCAUUAUAAUUUUUCUUCAAAUAUCUAAAUACACACACACACACACACACACACUUGUGAUUAAUACAACCAUGCCCAUAUAUUAUCGUUCCAUAUAUUUUCUACCCUUUUUUUUAUCUGUGUCGAUAAAUAUGGACAUGACAUAUUUAACACAAUCAAUUUGAAUGCUAAAAAUCCAUUUUAUAUAUUGAA